AUGGAAGAGCUGCAGAGAGAGCCUGCCAAUCUCGCAUGUGCUGUGGAAGCUGACGAGGUCGGCGGAGAGAAUUUCCUGGUCUUUGUCAAUCACAAUGCGGAGCACAUGACCGACCCGCAUCGGUUCGAGAGGAUAUCAAAUAUUGUGAAGCAGUUCAAACUGAGGGCCAAAUUCGGCCGCUACCACAAUGUGGUAACCACAUGCAACAUCAAUGCUGCUCGAAGCCACUUCCUCGCGGUAAAACAGUGCCUUAAAGACACUUUAGCCGCUGAAGAUAAGGGAAUCGGGCUGCAUCUAUGA